ACGUUACGUCACAUCCGCUUUAAUGUUUUCCCGGAAGUAAGCCAAAAUAAAAACAGUUUGUAGGACUCUCUCUCCGCGAAAGCUUCGGCUGUUCGUAACCUCCAAAUACUCUCCUCUGUGGAGUUUUUAUUUAUUCAUCCAUUUGAACUCGUUGGGAAAGAUGCCUUCUGCUUUCGGUACGCAGGUCGCCGCCAUCAUGGACGCGCUCUCGAAAGCUGCGGUGGCAGAUAUAACGAAGCUGGUUGAGGAGGAGAGUGUUGUUCUGCACAUGGAGAUUCGCCGGAGGGACAGUGAGAUCCAGGAGUUGCAGAGGAGUCUGGAGAUGAUGGAGGCUGAACUCUACAAAGCUCAAGAGGCUGCCGUAAAACGAGUUACAGAGGAGGAGCAGGAGCAAACAACUGCAGGGAGUAAGGUCCAGCAGAGAAAUAAAAAAGAGGAUCAGGAAGAAGGUGGAAUUUAUUCUGAAUUUAAUGCUCAGUAUUCACCUUGUGAGCCUCAGAAUGUGAUGGAGGAAAGCCAUAACAUCAAGGCAAUGGUAAAACAAGAGCCUGCAUGUGAACUUUCCACCACUGCAAUAACAGGCAACACAGCACGAGCUGAUGUUGGCUCUGUGGAAGGAGAGCAACAUGAGUCCAUCUGGCAUGCUCCUGCUUGUGAUAUGUAUGGGAAAAACUGUGCUGAAAUGCAACAGUUUGUAGACAUUUUUCCCUUUCAUGCUGAAGAGUAUUCUGCCUGCAAAGACACUGAAAGUUCAUUUAAUUCAUUAUCAACUUCAAAAGAAACAACAUCAGACGAUUGUUUAAGUGUGCCAAUAAAAGUGGAGGUAACAAUGCCAUCGAUGUGUAUGGGAAGUUCUCCUUCAAAGUCUGUCCGUAAUGACCAAUUUAGACAUGAUUCCCUCCAUGAUGAGUGCAUGCAGUCUGCUUUACAACAAGAAGAGUCAUCAACAGCUCUUCCUCGUGCACUGAGGUCCACAGUAGGCACAUCAGGAUCCAUAAGUGAAGAUAUAAGCAAGAACAGCUUUAGAGCAAAAAGACAAACAAAUGUGUGGAGAACAAAUCCAAAAAUCUUCUUCUGCUCUGUGUGCAACAAGGGUUUCCCUCGAUUGUCUCAGCUGGAGGAGCACAAGACCAGUCAUCAAACCUUCAAGCCUUUCAGGUGCCUCGAAUGCGGGAAAUCUUUUACCCAAAAGACUCGACUGAAAACACACCAGAGUGUGCACACGGGAGAAAGGCCCUUCAGCUGCAAAAUCUGCGGCAAGAUGUUUUCGAGGCAGGGCAACUGCCUGAGACAUGAGCGGUUCCACAGUGGGCUGAAGCCGUACAGCUGUAGGCAGUGCGGUAAAAGCUUCACCGUGCUGGGAAAUCUCAAAAUACAUCAAGAGAUUCACCUGCAGGGAAGAUAGCACUCAGAUACUUUUACUCUCUAUGAUGCACUAAAAGAGUUUGAACAUUUGCAAAAACCUUUAUCCAGCCAGAGUUGAUUAUAGUUCAUUGGAUGCAGCCAUUAAAUGUGCUUUAAUUUGUGUUCAUGUCAAACCCAUGCUGAGAAAAGCUGUUACCACGUAGGAUGCAGGAAAACUGACUUUACUGUUAUAUAAUGAUGUGAUCAUUUAUCUACAACACUUUACUCAAAAAGGAUGAGAACUUUCCAAUGCAAUUACAGGUUUCAUGACAUGUUUGCACUCAGUUUUGAAAAUACACUUUUCACAAAAGUUAUGGAUAGUUAACUUUUAGGUAAAAAAUUUUAAAAAAUGUAAGAAAUUCAUGCAAAACUGAAAAAAGUCAGGAAUGAGGGCAUUUAGGUAGAAUUGUACAAUAAUAAUUCCUUAAUCUCAAACAAGUUAUUGAUACAAACUAAAAGAUAACUGGAGUGGUGGGUAAACUAAAACAUAAAAUGCCCAAUGCCCAUGUUUCAGUAACUUGUGUUAAGUGUCAUCUUGGUCUUAUGAUGUCAAAAUGUGAAUGUGUAUGAUGAAGAGGACUAUUUAAAAAUUCAAGUCAUUGCACCAGAACAUUUAGUGGUUGAUUCAUAGUUAAGACACUUACUUUGGUUCUUUUUGUAGUUAUCAUCUUGUUAGUGCAUGUUGUGCCAUAAGUGCUUAAACAUUAAACAGUUGUACCUGUACAAAAUUUAGAAAAAGUCCAAGUAAGGUCACCUGUAAAGGUUAUAGUUAGUUUUGGGGGCAUUCUGACGUCAUACAAAAAGCUGAAUAACCCUAACUUUUUGUGGGUCAUGUAUGUAUAAAUCUCUCAUUUGUCUUUUGCACAUUUUGUCCUGAAAGCUCUUACUUAAAUUUAAUUUCAUACCUCCAGGAUUUCUGUAGACUUGCUUACGUGUGUGGUUAUACAAAUUACAUAAUUGUUGUUGGGCUGAAAUGAGCUUAACCUCUUCAGUGUCACAGGUUGGCCGAUAACGUGUCCUGGAGAGACCAUUGGAUUACUGGCAGUGAUGGUGGUAUUGAAGGAAGGAAGGAAGAAAGAAAGAAAGAAAUGUGAUUGGUAAAUAAAUGGUUGCCAAGUUGCACUUGCGAUGGUUCUUUUAAUGUGCUUGACACAUGCCAGUUCACAGCACAAUUUGUUGUACUAUUCACUGGAUAUAAGGAAAGUUCUCCAAACCAAACUACAAUAUUUAAUGCUGUGAUAUGUUAAAUUUGUGAAAGUGACAUAUUUAGUAAAUAAGAUGUACAUUUGGGAAUUUCCACAUGAAUAAAAAAAUCUUCACUGUU